AUGUUGAUAUACACCAUACUAUUACUAUUCCACUGUGCUUUUCUGAUUGCACAGAAUACGACGCCGGCCGGGCCAUGCGUCGUCAACAUUUCCACACUGAAUUUGGAGCCCAAACAUUACAACGGCUCAUGGUUCGUGGUGGCGAGAAAGGCACCUGUCAGCAAGGACUAUCUGCCGGUUGAUAGCAGCUCCUCUAUGAUGCGCCUUUUGCUGGAUGAUGAGGGGAAUUUGAACAUGACCGAAUAUCACUCGAUCAACGGCACAUGCAUGCCCCCGCUGUCCGGGUUUUGGCGCCGACACGAGAACGCGUUCCAAAUGGAGAUGAGGACGGAAAACGGGCAGUUGAUACAGUUGGAAGUGCGCGCUAUUUUCCACGAGCUGUCCGGCGAGAACAACGAGGAGAUGAACAUGGUCGAGCUUCAGAACGAAAUUUUGAAAAUGACAGAAUCCGACGGGAAAUGCGUAGCCGGCGAGGAGUUGAUCAGCAUCAUGAGCAACUCGAGGCACCCGCAGACGCUGCAGCUCUUCAAAUCGGCGAAACACAUCGAAGACUUUGCGUGCAUCGACAUCCUGUUGUUGAAUAAAAUGGACACCUACAAUGCAGCCGAGUGUGGCGAUGAGAUUGUGGAUGAGGAUCAGAAGUUACGCCACGCAAAAAUCUGGGAAAACGACGAGUACGUGGACGUGGAGUGCCGCGCCGAGAACAUGGGGCAGUUUGCCGUGCCGAUCACCAAGUUUUUCGAAGAGCCCCGGAUGCUUACAGUGAUCGCCUUCAAAGACCCGGAGCUGGAGAAGGAGCAAAUAUCUCAUGUGUCCUGUCUUUAUGACUCGAAGACGCACGCCAAGUGCUCGUGGUUAAGGCAACGAACCUGCUUUCAAGCCGAGUUGAACCAAGAAUUCGAAGAGCCGUCAAAAAUCAAGAGCUCCUCCAGGUUUUUGAAGGUCAACGGCACCGAGGUGGAGAUCGAUCUAUCGGGGAUGGUGAUCUGGCAAAACGGAGACGAGUACAUCACGAUGCAAUGCUUGCAAGUGGCAGCCGAUGGCAGUUGUGAUCAGCAUAGGGUAUACGUAUGGUCGGACGAGGACCUAAUGGACCAGCCAACGAUUCGCGAAAUUUACCGUGCCUUACAGAAUGUUUGCGUCGACCCGACGGAACUGAUCUUUUUGAACACAUUCCAUGAAUGCGACGAUCAAUCGGCCGAACCGGAAAAGGUCCCGGAAAUCACUUGUGGACCGCAGCCGAACUGGAGCCCGCUCAACACAUCGUUACUCCAGGGCGUCUGGUACGUGGCAGCCGACCUCAACGCCGACCCGAAAAUCUUCCUCCAGUCCGCUGUCAUCGAGUUCAGCAGCGUCAAGGACAACCCGGCAGGCCUGUUAAUACGAUACUACGCGCAGAAGGAGUCGGAUCGGGAGUGUGUGGGCCCAGGAGAGGGCUUCGCACGUCUUCUGGAGAAUGGUACGCUGUCGGUGUCGAUCCAGUAUAGCUAUCGUCAGGUGCCGAACUAUAAGAAUACGAUGAAUUUCAUGCUCCAAAUCCUGUACCUCGACAACCAGCGUGCGGUACUUUACUGGUGCUUCCGGAGGGCUGAGAACGGCUCCUGCAUUCAGUACGACGUAGACGUGCUCAUUCGGUCUCGGUUCUUCUCGUACAGCGAUCUCUCCCUGAUCCAACCCUACUUCCACCGCGCCUGCGUCUCUAACAACCGGCUGCGGUGGUUCGAUCUGCACUCUUCUUGUGGCUAUGAGAUGUCGGCUUCAACAAAAUUACGGCGUGACAUGGUGACGCUGUCGCAUUCCGAGGUCUUAGACAUCCUCACCAACGUCCAGGAGCCCCAGUGUCAGACCAAACAAAUUCGAGGCCGUCGUGCCCCGUUGCACCUGGUGGAAAAACCGGGCACGUGGUUCUUGAUGGCGCAGUUCGACCAGAUGGCCCGCGACACCUACGCGACAAUAUUCCGGAUACACACCGUCGGCGAGAAGUUCGCCAUCGCCAAGAUGCACCAGAGCGCAGCAAUUCCCGGCGAGGAGACCCUCUGUUUUGAGCGUCUUCUCAUCAUCGAAGAAGUGCUCGGCGAGGACGGCGACUACAGCUAUGUGUUGAGCUUUGAUGCCGCCAACCAGGCUUCAACGACUUUCAUCUUCCGAUUCCUGUUCUUUAACCGGAACGUGGCCGUCAUCUACUCGUGCCUGAACUACAAGGAGAAUGGGCACUGCAAAGAGAACGCAAUCUACGUGCUGUCACGCCACGAGUCGAUCGAUCACGCCGAGUUGACGGUGCUGGAGAAGGUGGCCAAGACGGUGUGCAUCAACCCGGAUAUCCUGUUCCAUACGUCGACUCAUGAUUUCUGCGUCCAAGACCAUCGUCGCAUUUUCCUACCACCACAGUGCGCCGGCAUCGACGCCGUCCCACAAAGCUUCCGGAAACUGCCAGAAGCCGAAUAUUCGAGGCUCUACGACAACAUCCGGUUGUACGCCGUCGCCUCCAGCCGCCAUUUCGAGAACCCGUUCUCGGUCAUCCACCUCAAGGGCGGCGUCUUUACGAGAAACGUGCAACUAGCGGAUGGUAAUUGCAAGGAGGAACACGUUGAAAUCCUGGUCUCCCCUACGAAUCGUUAUUUGUUCCUGGUCCAUAACGUGACGUACCUCGUCGAUCCAUUGGCUCGAAAAGACGAGAUAUUGCUGAAGAAGGCGCAGUUGAGCGGCGCUGAUUUGCCGUGCCUAUUUCCGAUGAAUUAUAACGACACCACCUGCGACCUAGCGACCCCACCAACUUGUGAAACAUCGCCGCCACUUUCAGCCGCCGAGGGGUUGCUCGGCGACUGGAUGCUGUACGCCUCGGACCCAUUUACCGUGGCGAAUAGCCGCUGUAGAGUCGUCGACCACCCCACGGUUGAUGGAGCUCACCAAUUCACGUGUCGAUCGGAGAGCUGGGACGGCAACUGUGAGCGCGUGGAGUUGUUCCAGUUUGCCGUCGACGCUUGGGGCGGCUACCGGUUGACGUCGGAGGUGCCGGCUGUGCACGAGAACUUUGAGAUAUUCCCGAGGGGCAAUGUCUCGCUAACCGCCGAUCGUCUCCUGUUCUUCCGCGAGGACCCAGUGGCCGGUCGCCUGUGGUCGGUGUGGAUUCGAACAUCCCCCGGCGCUACCCCCGAUCCGCUGCAGAUGACGCCAAAGGACCUCGGGCAGUUCUGCGUCUGGCCGACCCGUACGCAGAUGAGGAGCCUCGAGCAGUUGUGC